AUGACUAAUAUGAGUAAAAUGCCUUAUCCGAUGCCAAAAAAAUUUCCAUCAACGUUGGAAAGACUCGGUUAUCGAAGCUAUGUAAGUUCCCAUUUUUGCCUAUUUUUAAAAAGUUAUUUUUGAGAACUUGAUUGAAAAUCGAACUUCUCGGGAUGGUGCUGGCGGUGAUUCGGCGGCGUUGCCACAUUUGGCAACAUUCCGGCGAUGUUGCCAAAAAGGCAGCAACGCCUGGCAACGUUGCCACAAGAAGCAGCAACGUUGCUUUUUAUCGCCAGAUUUUUUAUUUCAUUGUUCGCUCCAAGCGACAGAGAGCAACGUUGCCAAAAUGUAAAACACUGCGACGCAAUUCUGCACAAUCAAGCAUUUUCGAAAUUUUUGUUUUUUUCUUUUUGGCCUAAAUUGUGUUUUUCUACUCCUUUUCAGUGGAUUUAUCAUGAAUACUAACAUAUUUCAGCAUGCCGUAAGCAAGAGAUUGAUGGUUUCGUUGGAAUUCUUCAAAAAAAUUAGAAAAUUUCAUAGAAAACAGUAGAAUUUUGAGUAAAAGGUUAGUUGAAAAAUAUAAAUUGUGAUUUACACUGAAAAAAUUAAGUUUUCAGUUCGCGUCAUUCAACGAGUCAUUGA